GUCGAAACGUAAGCACGAGGAUGAAUCAUGCGAAGAAAAGUGGUUACGGAAAAUGAAAAAAUAUGAGCGUAAAUUGCAAGCAAAACGGUCUAGGCGAAUAAUUUACUCGGACGAUGAAAAUGAUGUGCAAAAUGAAGAACAUCUUCAAGAUGAUCCGGGUUUACCCGUCAACUACGGGGAUUCUGAAGAGAAUCAUGAUUCUUUACUACUGAUUGAUUCAGAGGAAUCGCAACAGAAUAACAACGCAGAUAUUUAUAUUCCGGAAGACAACCCACCUGAAGAGGAGGAUGCGUUCGACCCAACACUUCUCCAGGCCCUAGGUCAUCUAGAACCAGAGACAACCGAAUUCGGCGAAAAUAUUCAAACUGAUUUAGCUAAGCAGUUAGGAAAUAUUUUGCUAUGUGGCCUUAAAAAGGAAAAUAAAGAAGAACUUUUAAAAAAGUAUUUAAUCCCUCAGAAUUUGCCAUUAGCUAAGAGCCCCGAUUUAAAUCCUGAAAUAGGAGGUAUGCUGGCGGAAGUAUGCAAAUCACGUGAUAAGAGAUUACUAGCUAAGCAAAACCAACUUGGCAAAUCUUUGUCGGCAUUAGGCAAGGCCAUAACAGGACUGUUAAAAAAGGACCCAGAUGUACCCGAUAUCAUCCGUACGUUGAAUGAUGCAGCCAAACUAUUAGCUGACUCUCACUUCACCGAGACAGAUACCCGACGUACGGUUAUUAUCCCGUUAAUUGAUAAAUCCUUAGCGGAGCCUUUCAAGGAAAGAAAAAGAGACCAGCUCUUAUUCGGGGAGAACUUAGGAGAUCUAGUCAAGAACUCCAGAGGAAUAAAGCGAACUAGUCAAAUGAUUCAAGUAUCUGCUAGCACCUCAGCCUCGAAUUUAAACGGGAGAGGCCCAUCGAACCGAGCGCGGCAGCAACGAGUCACCGCAACCUACCAGUACCGGACCGGUGGGCCGAGACCAACACCGUCAUACCCCAGCCGCCGACGAGGAUUCCCGCCACCUCCACCUCCACCGCAGCGAUUCAUUCGUCGUCAGCCUCCACCGCCGCCGCCCCCGCCACCGCGUCGGCAACCCCCAGUAGCCGCACAUCGGCCCUCGUUCAACCGGUCAGCGUAGCUCAUCAGGUCGACGCACCCGUUGCACCGACACCUUUCCCUGGCAGCAUGUGUGUUAUCCGGGAAGGUUUCCGUAAACAAUUAAUACCAGAGUCGGCUCUGGACGUCAUGGUUGCCUCAAUAGCAAAAAAUACUAUUACUCAGUAUACGUCUAGUUUAACACGAUGGUGGGAGUAUUGUACAAAAAAUGGAAUAGAUUUUUUUGAUGUUAACAUUGAUUCUUUGAUAGGAUUUCUCUCUCAAUGUUUUAAUAACGGGGCAUCAUAUGGAACCUUAAAUAGUCACAGGUCAGCAAUUUCUUUGAUAUCGACAAAUAAUAUUAGUGGAAAUCAAAAUUUAAAACGGUUUUUUAAAGGCAUUUUUAAGUUGAAGCCCGUGUUUCCUCGCUAUAAUGUUACGUGGAACACAAAUAUUGUGCUAAAUUACUUAGAACAUAUGAACAAUGAUCAAAUCAAUUUGGCUAUGUUAAGUAAAAAACUGGUGAUGUUGUUAGCAUUAGCUAGUGGGCAAAGAACUCAAACACUCUCACUAAUAAAGUUGAAAGAUAUAAAAACAUAUAAUGAUCGACUAAUAAUCCCAAUAACUAAUUUGAUUAAAACCUCUGCAAUUGGUAGGUCGCAACCUAUCCUUAAUCUCCCAUUUUUUAAUCAAAGGCCGGGAAUAUGCCCAGCUGCAGUCUUGCAGAAAUAUGUAGAAGCAACAUCAGUUCUCAGAAAUACGGAAGAACUCCUUAUCUUAACUUUUAAAAAACCGCAUAAGGCUGCUUCAUCUCAAACGAUUGGGCGCUGGAUAAAGCAAACUCUUUGCGACUGCGGGAUUGAUACUUCGGUUUUUGGGGCCCAUAGCACGAGGCACGCUUCAACUUCCGCGGCAUUCCGUGCUGGUUUGAAUGUAGACACCAUAAGGAAGAGUGCUGGUUGGUCAGCACAAUCAGCCGUUUUUGCCAAUUUCUAUAAUAGACCGAUUGUUGACACAUCU